AUGGCUGUGGUUUCACGUGCGUUGUGUUUGGCUCGUUCCGGGUUAUUUUCCUGCCGUAACGUGCUGUUUGCCGCCGAUCAAAGCUGGAAUAAUGCAAAUAACAGUGAUAUCACAGGAAAAAGGUAUCUAUUUUGCUCGGAGUAUGUCGGCAUUGAAAACUUUAAAAGACAAAAAGCCAUAAUGUCUGAUGAAAUCGGUAGUUUGAAAGGGAAUUUUAUGAAGAAAGUCAAAAGUUAUGUGGAAGAGUCUGACCAUAACUCCAUAUUUACUGAAGAUUUGAAGAUGGUUGUGUACUUUGCUGAGACAACAGAUGACCUAGACCUUGUGGCUCACAUGAUCAGAAAAUAUCAUUCCCAAAAUGUUGACAUGAAAUUUUCGGCCUUCAGAUUUGGCCCACUUGUCAUGAGGUUAUUAUAUAUACACCAGAACCACAAACUUGCAUACCAGCUCUUCAAUGAUAAGUCACUAGAUGGUUUUUUCAAUCAAAUGACAACGUGUGUAACAUACAUGGACCUGAUGUACGUCUGCAAGGAGUAUGAGAAAGUGAUAGAGGCCAUGCACGAGGUAGCCAGGCGACACGCGACACGUAUCAAGUACCCCGUCGACUGCAUGACUCUCGCUGCUGCUGCUGCUUAUAAGAUGAACACAAAAGAGUCACUAGAAAAGUUGAAGGCACUUCUGUUGAGUGCUAAGUCUUCUGAAUGUGAUCUGUCAUUGAGAACAGUCAUAUAUAGCUCAUUUCUAGCAUAUAAACAACAAGAUGCAAAAUUAGCUUUGGAAAUGUUGAGUCUAUUGUCAGGAAAUAGAGAAGUUAACCUUCCAUCUGCCUACAUUAAUCUCAAGUCGCUGAUCUAUGCAGAGUUGGGCAGGUUCGAGGAGGCCCUGCACAUCCUCAGCUCCUACGUUAACAGAGAUCGACCGGGUGCCAGGAGAAUUGAUAUCUUCCAGGAAGUGCUGGAGAAAUUGAAGGCAAGCUUAACAUCUUCCUCAUCUCCAUCCAGCAAAGUUCUCUUGAAAUCUGUCAACCAAUUUGAAUCCAACCUGCAAUCGACUGGCUAUCUCCUGGUAGACUCCUUUGAAACUUAUCUUGACUCAACAAUCAAGAAGAAGAGAGGCCUUCAAGAUGGUUUUAAGCAGAGAGAAAGGAUUCCCAUUGGUGGUUACAGGAGGGAUUCGGAGGGCGUUUUCAGUGGGUCCCAGAGAAGAAGGGGCCUGUUGUAGGCUGUUAACAUUUUUGAAGUCUUAUUCUCUUAUCCGAUUGGUUUAUGUCGUUUCGUUUGUCGAAUAAAUUGUGUCCGUUACAUGUUUUUGUGUUUCUGUUCCUGAGAAGUAACCGGAUGUUGGUUAGUCGUGUGUAGUUAAUUUGAUUAAAUGUGUUGUUAUAUAGGAUAUUGGUUGAUUGACUUAUUUUUAUCCUUCUGGUAUUAUCAAUAUUUCUUAAUAGUUUACGCUGAGUGUUUGUUUGUCCCAAUCUAAGAAAGCAUGCUUUUUUGGAAAGUAAAUUAUCAUAAAUAAUUUAUUGGAUGUAGUUCCGUUUUUAACUUAAAAAUAUUAAUUUUAAAACUUUUUGAAACGUUUAUUUAAGAAAAAUAAAAUAAAUAAUUUUGACGCGUAGUAA